GUGUGCUGGAACCAGGGACCGGCAGCGGCCUCGCGGGGCCGGGGCGGCGCGGCCGGGGUGCAGGCCGCCGCCAUGGACGCGGGCCGCACGGAGAACCUGUCGGUGGUGUACCAGAGCCGGGACUUCCUGGUGGUGAACAAGCACUGGGACCUGCGCAUCGACAGCCGGAUGUGGCGCGAGACGCCCACCCUCCAGAAGCAGCUGCGCCACCACUUCCCCGAGCUCGCGGAUCCUGACACCUGCUACGGGUUCAGAUUCUGCCACCAGCUGGACUUCUCCACCAGCGGGGCGCUCUGCGUGGCCCUGAACAAGGCGGCAGCCGGCCGCGCUUACAAGUGCUUCAAGGAGCGGCGCGUCACCAAGGCCUAUCUGGCUCUGCAGGUGCGGGGACACGUGCAGGAGAACCAGAUGACCAUCAGCUACGCCAUCGGCAGGAACAGCACCGAGGGUCGUGCUCACACCAUGUGCAUUGAGGGCACUCAGGGCUGUGAGAACCCGAAACCGAGCCUGACAGAGCUGGAGGUCCUGGAGCACGGGCUGUAUGCUGGCGCCCCUGUUUCCAAAGUGCUGUUGCGGCCCCUCACAGGCCGGACACACCAGCUGCGUGUGCACUGCAGUGCCCUCAGCCAUCCCGUCGUGGGGGACCUGACCUACGGGCAGGCGUUGGACCAAGAAGACCAGCCCUUCCGCAUGAUGUUGCACGCCUUUUAUCUGCGUAUCCCCACGCACACGGAGCGCGUGGAGGCCUGCACACCGGACCCCUUCGUGCCGGCCCUCGAUGCCUGCUGGAGCCCCCACACCCUGGUGCAGUCCCUGGACCAGCUCGUCCAGGUCCUGAGGACUGCUCCCGACCCUGGUCCCACGGAAGGGAGCCCUGCGCCCUGCAGCACUCCCACACCCCCCAGCAAGCCCCCCGAGACAGAGGCACAGCGGGCCUCCUGCCUGCAGUGGCUGUCGGAGUGGACUCUGGAGCCUGACAACUGAGAGCAGCAGGCUGGGUGGGAGUGGCAGGCCGGACCCACGAGGGGGAUGGGGGCUGCCGGGGAGAGCCCUGGGCCCAUCCUAGGUAGAGGCUGUCCCUGUGUGCGGCCCCUGUGGGUGGAGCCU